AUGGAGCACAAAACAUCGGCACAGAAACACGAAGAAGAGUGCAUUACGGGAGAUAUCACCAUCAAGUUGGAGGAACAAGACAUACCCGAAGAUACGACUGAACAACAGCUAAUCGAAUCGCCUGAGCGAAAAAAUCCUCAAAUUGACGAAAGUGCUCAGGUACAUACGAAUCUAUUUGUUCAGUCGCCUGUACAAUUUUCUCAGUGGUUGGACCAAUGUUCCAAUGGUUCUGAAAGUAUGACGAGCAACGAAGAAACGUUUACUUGCGACUGCUGUUCGAAGAUCUUCAGGAAGAAGUACGCAUUGCAGAGGCAUUUAGAGACUCAUAGUAACGCACGGGUGGAAUGUUUGGUGUGCCAUCGACUCUUAAAGACCAAGAAGACGCUGAAGCUUCAUAUGAUGCUGCACGAAGAUACCGGUAAAAUAUUCGAGUGCUCGGAGUGCGGCUUUAUGUCGAGACGAAAGCAAAAUAUGACUCGUCAUCAGAUCAGGAUGCACUCGAAAAACGCCGAUUACAAAUGUCCACUUUGCCCGAAGACGUUUAAAUUUAACGAUGAUCUUAAAAAACAUCAUGAAGCGAAACACGUGGUCGACCCAUGUUAUUGCGAGAUUUGUGGAAAAACAUAUCGAAAUAGUCAUUUUCUUCAAAAGCACCGCCGCAUAUCCAAGACACAUAGAAACGCUUACACUCGUGUAUGUUACGGGGCAAUUAGGGGUAAUCAGAACAUAGAGUGUGCGACCUCGCAAAACAGGGGUAAAGUGAAGCGAGUAUUCAAUUGCCCCAAGUGCAAAUGGCGGUUCAGCAGCUGGAGGUUACUAAAUAAGCACAUGCAACGACAUCUCCUCAUCUUUAACUGUGACAUUUGUGGAGCUGUGUUUAAGUAUAAGGCUUCGUUUUUGAAGCAUCAAGAAUCGCACAAACAAUCUGAACAGUUUUAA